AUGGAAAAGAAAAUACAUGCUCUUAUCCUAGCCCUAGACACCAAAUUUCCCUUGCCAAUCCUCUUCCUAAUCCCUCUCCUUAUCCUCUUCGCCUUAUCCCGAUACCGGGCCAAGCACUACCCUCCCGGGCCCCGCGGUUGGCCCGUUAUCGGCAACAUGGGCAUAAUGGGCCAGCUGACCCACGUCGGACUGGCCCAUCUCGCCAAGCGCUACGGUAGCAUCUUCCUCCUCCGCUUGGGCUCCCUCCACAUGAUAGUCGUGUCGAGCCCAGACACGGCCCGCGAAGUCCUCCAGGCCCACGACAGCAUCUUCUCCAACCGGCCCGCCACCGCCGCCAUACGCUACUUGACUUACGACCGGGCCGACAUGGCAUUCGUGCAUUACGGGCCCUUCUGGCGACAGAUGCGCAAGUUGUGCGUAAUGAAGCUCUUCAGCCGUAAACGGGCCGAGUCGUGGGCCUCGGACCGGGACGAGGUGGACGUGAUGGUCCGGGCCGUGGCCGAGGCCGCCGGCUCGGGCAGGCCCGUCAAUGUGGGGGAGCUCGUGUUCGGGCUGACCUGGGAUGUUAUAUACCGGGCCGCGUUCGGGUCGGGCUCCAAGGAGGGCCCGGAAGAGUUUAUCAAGAUCUUGCAGGAGUUUUCCAAGUUGUUUGGCGCGUUUAAUGUCGCGGAUUUUAUUCCGUGGCUGGGUUGGGUUGAUUUGCAGGGUCUCAACGGGAGGCUCGUUAGGGCCCGGGAUUCGCUCGACAGAUUUAUCGACACUAUAAUUGAGGAGCAUAUGAGAAAGGAGAAGCCCGACGGGCCCGUGGAUAGCGACAUGGUGGACGAGCUUUUGGCAUUCUAUAGUGAUGAUCAAGGAAAGGUUUCAGAAUCUGAGGAUUUAAAGAGUUCAAUCAAACUUACAAGGAAUAACAUCAAAGCUAUAAUUAUGGUAUGA